AGAACAAGAAGCGUCAUGAUGGAGUCCGCUGGUGGCUGAAGUGACAAAAAGCUUCUUCAGUUUAGCUGAAUAAGUCUGGGACGUCCAUGGUUCUUCAGAGAGCGUGUGCACGGAGGAUUAAUAGAGACAGCUAGAUAGAUAUCUCUGCAGCGGAGGCUGUCGAUAUAGUGUGUCAUCAUGGCCACGGACAUCGGCUCGCCGCAGCGCUUCUUCCACAUGCCGCGCUUCCAGCACCAGGCUCCACGCCAGGUGUUCUACAAGAGGCCGGACUUCGCCCAGCAGCAGGCCAUGCAGCAGCUCACCUUCGACGGGAAACGCAUGAGGAAGGCUGUGAACCGCAAAACCAUCGACUACAACCCGUCUGUCAUCAGACACCUGGAGAAUCGUUUGUGGCAGCGAGACCAUCGAGACUUUCGAGCCCUGCAGCCGGACGCAGGAUGUUAUAAUGACCUGGUUCCUCCCGUGGGCAUGGUGAACAACCCGAUGAACGCCGUCACCACGAAGUUUGUCCGAACCUCCACCAACAAAGUCAAGUGUCCUGUGUUUGUGAUUAGGUGGACUCCUGAAGGCCGUCGUCUGGUCACUGGAGCCUCCAGUGGAGAGUUCACUCUGUGGAACGGACUCACCUUCAACUUUGAGACCAUUUUACAGGCCCACGACAGUCCAGUCCGGGCCAUGACAUGGUCUCACAACGACAUGUGGAUGCUGACGGCGGACCACGGCGGCUACGUGAAGUACUGGCAGUCCAACAUGAACAACGUCAAGAUGUUCCAGGCUCACAAGGAGGCCAUUAGAGAAGCCAGGUUUAUACCCAAUCUACCAUUUUCUGUAGUUAACCUCAGUGUCAGCGCUGCAGGGCCGCGCUGCCGCCGAUGUUGUUGUUGUGGAUUCAUGACAGAUGUACGUGUGUGCUGUUGCAACACUGCAGUGGUCUGUUGUUGAUGUUCUGAUGUGGCUGAUGAGCUGUGAAUCUGUUCUGUUGAAUAAAGAAUCAUUUAUUCCUGGUUGGGUAGGAGAGGAGGAUGGUAAUGAGAAUAAAACCCUAAUAAAGUUUUAGCAGGAUCAAUAAAGUUUUAAAAUAAAGUGAAUAAAGAGAAGCUCCUGCACGCCUGAACCUCAAA